GUGUGGCGGGUGGAACUUUACGCAAUCCCAUGAUUUACAUCUCCACCGAACCAACAAUCAUAAGAUUCCUACUCUUUCCCACUUCUCUCCCUCUCCCUCUCCCUCUCCCCUUCAUUCGUCUCCCUCUUCCCUCCCUGUAUGUUUGUUUGUCAUUAAUCGAUAAAUCUCUGAAGCAUACACACUAAGCCCAGAAAGAUCCUGACGCCCAAAAAUUUCUCUUCAAAAAGAUCAGAUUUGAAGAGGUAAAUUGAGAUGGGUAACAUCGGGAGUAGUAGCGUAAACGGUCGCCGGAGGCAUGGUAGCCGGCGGAGCCACCCGCCGCCGCCGCCCCCCCAACCGCCCCAACCCGAAAUCACCUCCAACCGAUAUGUCUUUGCCGCGGCGACCCCUUAUCCAGCAGCGCAAUAUCCACACCCACACCCUAACCCCCCUCCUCCAUACUACCAUUACACCAGUUACUACCCGCCUCCGCCCUCGGCGAUGCCGGUGCCGCUGCCGCCACCUUAUGAUCACCACCACCGCCCUCCACCACCGCCCAUGUACCCCAUGAUGCAUCCUCCUCCUGCACCCUAUGUUGAGCACCAGAAGGCAGUGACUAUACGGAAUGAUGUUAAUCUCAAGAAGGAAACUUUGCAGAUUGAGCCUGAUGAGCAGUACCCGGGGAGGUUCCUCGUUUCUUUCACAUUUGAUGCUACCGUUGCCGGGAGCAUUACAGUUAUGUUCUUUGGGAAGGAGGGUGAAGGUUGUAGCCUGAUUCCUACAAAGGAAAGCUUGCUUGCACCAGUGACCGUGCAAUUUGGACAAGGUUUAGGCCAAAAGUUCAGACAACCCUCUGGAACUGGGAUAGACUUCUCAAUGUUUGAGGAGGCAGAGUUACUGAAAGAGGGUGACAUGGAAGUGUACCCUCUAGCAGUGAAGGCAGAAGCAUCCCCAGUUAGCGAGAAUGGGUCAGGAGAUGGAAGCGCGGAGUCUGGAACCACGACUUCUCAGAUAACUAAGGCAGUAUUUGAGAAGGAUAAAGGCAAAUACCACGCGAAGGUCAUGAAACAGAUCUUGUGGGUCAAUGGAAAGAGGUAUGAACUGCAGGAGAUUUAUGGAAUUGGGAAUUCAGUUGAUGGUGACUUUGAUGGGAAUGAUCCUGGCAAAGAAUGUGUUAUCUGCCUCUCAGAACCUCGGGACACUGCUGUCCUUCCCUGCCGGCACAUGUGCAUGUGCAGCGGAUGUGCGAAGGUUUUGAAGUUCCAAACAACCCGGUGUCCUAUUUGCCGACAGCCAGUUGAGAGGCUAUUGGAGAUCAAGGUUAGUAAUGGACCCGAUGGAGAUGAAGAUCAGUAAUGGGCCCGACAAACAAGAAGAGAAUACAAUUAUUGCUGCCUCCUACAAUGUAAAGAUGUUUUCUUUUUCUUCUUCAAUUUACUCUUACAACACCCCUUCUCCCCAACCCGAAAAAAGAAACAUCUUCCCCUUCCCUCAGAAUUCCCAAUCCGCAAUAAUCAGACACAUAAUCAUAAUCAGUAGUCGUGUUGAACACGUGCUACGUGCUAGGCCUUCUAGGGAGUUCAUUUGACCAGGAGCGCAGCAAAUGAUCGCGUUCUGUUUGCCUGUGUUGGCAUUUGAUCUCUGUUCUUUUAAGUUGUGGCUGUUUGAGAUCGAGUAUGAUAUUGUAUGCUUGGUUUUGGGUCGAUUUGGAGAAAAAAGAUUGGCAGGCUGCAACGUGUUUGCCUUGUUUGUUUGUUUGUUCUUCUCCUUCUAGCCAAGAGGUUUCUGUCAGCUGAUUCUGUUCCAACAGUCUAUUUCCGAGACCUCUAUUCUCCCUGAAAAAGGAAAAGUUUAUACAAUUACUAAAUGUAUUUGUACA